CCCCGCGCCGCUGUACCCCCCUCCCUCCAUGCCGCAGGAGAAAAGCAACGCGUCGCAACGUGCCGGCGAAAGCCCCAAAGGCUACCGCUAUGCCUCGCAUGUUGUCGAGAACCCGGGAAGCGAGCACGCCACAUUCGGCGUCCAGUUCUGUUUGAAACCCUCCAAGUACCAUCUGCAGGGCGGCGGGAGCGUGUGGGAGGGUCGCGGGCCACUGUGCCCCAUCGCCAAGGACCUGGAGAACGAUGCGGACAAACCUCAACCCGCCAACGGCGUCCAGGAAAUGGACAUUGACGACGACGACAUUUCCAUCGUCACCACGAAGAAGCCGAACGCCGAGGGGACCUGGCGCAAUCUCUUCGUCACAUGCAACGCAAACUGCGUCAGGGUGUAUGAGGCCAGGAAGAAGCUCAAGCCGCUCCUCCUGCAACUGUACGAAGACGAGGACCCCAAGGAGGAGUUUUACUGCGUCGCGUGGACCUACAAUGCGGACGGCAACCAUGAGUGGUGGGCGUGCGCGGCGGGGAAGAAGGGCGUUGUACGAAUCCUCAACGUGCAGAAGGCAAGCAUGAAGACGUCGCUCGCGGGCCACGGCGAGGCCAUCAACGACCUCAAGGUGCACCCACGCGACCCGGCGCUCCUCAUCACGGCGUCCAAGGACGAGUCGUUGAGGCUGUGGAACUUGCGCACGGGGUCGACGGUGGCCGUCUUUGCAGGGCUCAAGGGGCAUCGAGGCGAGGUCGUGCACGUCGACUUCGACAGGGAUGGGAAGCGCUUUGCUAGCUGCGGCAUUGAUAACAGCGUCAGAAUAUGGGACGCCGAUGAGGCCAAGGUCAUUCGCGCCAUCAAGGAGUCGCAUGAGGCCGCGGAUCUGGGCGUGGAGGACACGUAUGUGUACCGCGACAAGACGGGGACGCGGAAGAAGACCAAGGUGCCAAUAUGUCAGUUUCCGUACUUUGUCACGAGGAAGGUGCACAAGCAUUAUGUGGAUUGCGUUAUGUGGGUCGGGGAUCUGCUGCUGAGCAAAUCCGUGCAUAACCGCAUCUUCCUGUGGGAGCCGACGGCCGAUCGCGAGUCUCUCUCCUCGCCGGCUUCCAACUACACGCUGCUGGAGGAGUACGUGCUCAGCGUUUGUCAUGUAUGGUUUAUCCGCUUCGCGAUGGAUCGCUCGCGUCGGCUCAUGGCUUGUGGAAAUGACAAGGGAAUGGUAUCGGUUUUCGAUCUAAAAACAAUCCCAUCUAAACCUCUCUGCGAGGUUUGUCCAAAGGACAAGUAUCGGUACUCGUCCCAUUUUGUAAGACAAUGCGCAUUUUCAGAGGAUGCUUCUUUCCUAAUAGCAGUCGAUGAUCGAUCGUGCGUGGUGCAGUAUGAGAGCUUCUAA